UAACCCCGCCCCGUGACGUCAGCAGUGACGCACGCAGGGCCCUUCCAGCCAUUGGAAUCUGGGAUGGAGGAUUGUGUUUUUCAGGAAGUAGAAGCAACUUCCUGCUGUGCAUUGUUGGGUUUUGUACGUGGUUAUGCAGCUAGAAGCUGUGUGUAGAUCUCAGCUAUGAAACUGGAGGUACCAGAAACCUUUGAUGAUGUUGCUGUUGAUUUUUCAAUGGAACAGUGGCAGAUGCUGAGCAAAGAAGAAAAAGAGCUACAUCGAGAGGUGAUGGUGCAGAACUUUGAUCACAUGGUGUCACUAGGCUAUGAUGUCCCAUUACAGGCACUGCUGAUGUUACUUGAAAAACCGGGUGAAGCUCCAUUUGGUGUCACAGAAAAUGUCACCAGUUUUCAAAUUGGUUUUACUGGAAUCAGUUCCACCAUCAACAGGUGUUUGAAUUACAGUGACUUUCAGAGCCAGCUGUCCUCAGUACAGAACCUUCUGACUCCUAAAAACGAACAAGAUUUUAAAAGUACAACACAAGUACAAAAUGAAGAGAAGAGGCCCAAGUGUGCUAGGAGUUCUGCACAUGAAUAUUUUCUCAAAACUCAUCAGAAAAUGUACAGAUGGAAGAAGCUGUUUGUGUGUGCCUCUUGUGGUAAGCGUUUUACACGAAAGCACACUUUAUUAGGUCAUAUGAGACUCCAUACAGGUGAAAAAAUCUUUAAAUGUACAACAUGUGGCAAGGGUUUUACUUUGAAGUUUUUACUGACAAGACAUGAGAAAACACACGUAAAAAAAAUUACUGAAAAGAGAUAUUCACACACUGGAGAGGAACUAUAUAAGUGUACCAUUUGUGACCAGAGUUUUUCAGAGAGACAUGCCCUCUUAGUACAUAAAAAAUUACACCUCGGUGGGAAAUAUAAAUGUUCAGUGUGUAACAAAAUUUGUAUGCAGAAGAGAAGCCUCAGAGACCAUGAGAGAAUACACAGUGGAGAGAAGCCUCAUAAAUGUGCUACAUGUGAUAAGAGUUUUAGAACUAAGAGUAAUCUCUGGGCACAUGAAAAAAUACAUGCACAUAUCCGAGAAAAGCCAUAUAAAUGUGCUAUAUGUGGUAAGAGUUUUAUAAAGAAAGCUCAUCUCUCAGCACAUGAAAAAAUACAUAUCAGAGAAAAGCCAUAUAAAUGUGCUACAUGUGACAAAACCUUUAUACACAAGAGUAACCUCUCAAUCCAUGAAAAAAUACACACUGGAAAAAAGCUGUAUAAAUGUGCUACAUGUGACAAAACAUUUAUUCACAAGAGUAACCUCUCAAUCCAUGAAAAAAUACACACUGGAGAAAAGUUGUAUACAUGUGCUACAUGUGGCAAAAGUUUUACACAAAAGAGCACACUCUUGGGGCAUGAAAACACACACACUAGAGAGAAGCCUUAUAAAUGUUCCACUUGUGACAAGAGUUUUCCAAGGAAGGGUAGUCUGACAGCACAUGAAAAGAUACACUCUGGCCUGUAUAAAUGUGCUACAUGUGGCAAAAGUUUUGCAUACAGUAGUAACCUUGCAACACAUGAGAAUACACACACACGAGACAUGCUUUAUAAAUGUGCUACAUGUGGAAAAAGUUUUACGCGCAAGAGUUCCCUUUCAGUGCAUGCGAAAAGACAUAGUGGCGAGAAGUCAUAUCAGUGUGUCCAGUGUGGUAAGAGCUUUAUAGAGAAGAGUACAUUGAAAAGACAUGAGAGAAUACACUCGGGACUUAAACCACACCGAUGUGCCAUGUGCCAUAUGAGUUUUAUACAGAGGAAUACUCUACUUAAACAUGAGAAAAUACACUUAAGAAGAAAGGCAUAUAGAUGUCACACAUGUGACAAGAGUUUCUUCUUUAAAAAAAUGCUCGCAGACCAUGAGAAAACCCAUUGUAGUCCUAGGGAAGGGAAAAGUGAUAAUGUGCAGCUGACAAUUGUUGAGAAUGAUGAACAUCAUGCCACACAAGGUGGAGUAAAUACUAGGGGCUGCUUGAACUCUGCAGGCACUGUCAGUGACCGUAUAGGUCAGUGUGUAGAACCUGUUGUUAGGAGGAAGGCCCCAAAGGUCUUGGCCCCUAGUGUGGGGGUUGAGAAGGAGAUUGGGAACCAUUUUGAAGAGGAUGGCAGUGUAGGUGCUGCCACUUAUGAUGUUAGACACCCUUUUCCUAUCAAGGUUAGAGUACAAGGAGGGGAGGGCGCGCUCUAUGAGCACGGGCAGACAGAAGCGGAAACUAUCUGCCGAAUCGACUCCCAAUCACAAUCUCAAGAGGAUGUGGGAGAGAAAAGGGAAAAUGUGUUUAAUAUAUCAUCUCAUGUUUUGACAACAGAUGAGAUGGGGGUACUUUCCAAAGGCCUUUCAUUUAUCCCAACUAUGUAUAGUAAUUUUGAUGAGACUCUUCAUGACUUCAAGUUGUAUGCACGGAAUUUAUCACUAAAGGUGGAAUUCAAAGAUGUCCUGCAGGGAAGCCAGUGUCUGAAAAUGACUACCAUGGAGCAGUUGUUGCAGCCAAUAACUACUGCUGCUGAAGGCAUGGUAGCAGCAGCUAAGUUUGUGACUCCAGUCAAACUUGCAGCACAAAAGCAUGUCAUGGAAGCAUAUCUGUUAAAUGUUGCAAAGUAUUACCAUCCAGGAAAGAUGGGACUAAGUAGGAUAGAUGUAGUACUUGCUGUUCAUCUUACAGGGGAGCCCCUCAAUGCCUUCAUGCACAUCAAACUGAUUGCAUUGAGUAUGAAAAGUGAAAAAUGUUUAUUGGCUACAGCAGGGGUCAGUACCAACACCCAAGAGGUACCAGAAUCUUUUGAAGAUGUUGCUGUUAACUUUUCAGUGGAAGAAUGGAAGAUGUUGAGCAAAGAAGAAAAGGAGCUACACCGGGAGGUGAUGGUGCAGAACUUUGAGCACAUGGUGUCUAUAGAAGAUAUAGAAAAGGGUGUGAGAGGAGGACCUUGGGAGAUCAGGAUUGAGUACAGGGAGGUGUACUGGAAGAUUUUGCUGGAGGCAAACGAACAUCCUGGUUUGAACGAUGUUAUUUCCCUAGCCCCAGUGGUAAAACUACGGUUUAAUAUUCCACUGGAAGAGCUUUUGCUAUUGAUUGAAAAAUCAGACAAUGUUCCAUUUAAUUCCUUGGCAGAAGGAGGAGUAGAAAGGAGAGGAAUUCGGUUUAAUAUUCCACUGGAAGAGCUUUUGCUAUUGAUUGAAAAAUCAGACAAUGUUCCAUUUAAUUCCUUGGCAGAAGGUGAUACCUGGUUUCAGAUGAAUCUUCCUGAAGUCAGUCCCAGCAUUAACAGGUAUCUGAAACCCAGCAACUUUCAAAGUCCGCAAUCAUCAGCACUCAGUACUCUGAAUCCUAAGUCUGAGAAUGACUUUAAAGACAAGCUGCAAGGACAAAAUGAAAAUAAACCAUAUAAAAAUGACACAUGUGAUGCAAGUUUUGUAUUUAAAUCUGUUUUAAAAAGUCAUCAGGGAAUGCACAAUGGAGAGAAACUCUUUUCAUGUACCACCUGUGCUAAGUCUUUUACAAGGAAGGAAAACUUAGCUUAUCAUGUAAAACUACAUACAGGAGAGAAGCCGUAUAAAUGUGCAAUGUGUGACAAAAGCUUUAUAUUAAAGUGUCGGCUCUCAAAACAUGAAAAAACUCACACUGGUGAUAAACCAUAUAAAUGUGAUAAAUGUGGCAGGAGUUUUAGCCAGAAGAGUACAUUAUUCAAACAUGAGAAAAUACACAGUGGAGAGAGGCCGUAUAAAUGUGCAGCAUGUGACAAAAGUUUUGUGUACCCAAGUGAACUCUCAGUACAUGAGAAAAUAUACUGUAAACGUUUGAGAAAGUUAAACCAGAAAGAAACUCCAUUUAAAUGUGCUGUUUGUGGUAGAUGUUUUAUGCACAAGAGUACAUUCCUCAGACAUGAGAAAAUACACACAGGAGAGAAGACGUAUAAAUGUGCUGUGUGCGGCAAAAGUUUUGCACAGAAGUGUAGCCUUUCAGCUCACGAGAAACUUCAUAUUGGAGAGAGACCAUACAAAUGUGAUAUAUGUUACAAGAGCUUUACAAAAAAGUCUCAUCUCACUACUCAUGAGACAAUACACAUGGCACAGAGGCCAUAUAAAUGUGAGACUUGUGACAAGAGGUUUUCCAAUAAGAGUAUCCUGUUACUUCAUGAGAAAAUGCACACUGGAGAGAAGCCGUUCAGGUGUGACACGUGUGGAAAAACUUUUAUUCAGAAGUGCGAUCUUUCUAAACAUGAGAAAAUACAUAGCGGAGAGAAGGCUUACAAAUGUACUACUUGUGAGAGAAGUUUUACUCACAAGAGUACCCUCUUAGUUCACGAGAGAAUACACACUGGGGCAAAACUGUAUAAAUGCAAUACAUGUGACAAAUAUUUUGCACACAGGACUACCCUCUUAUCUCAUGAAAAAAUACACACUGGAGAGAAAUCCUUUAAAUGUGUCACAUGUGGCAAGAGUUUUACACAGAAGAGUACACUUUCGAUCCAUAAAAAGCUACAUGUUGGAGAAAAGAAGUAUAAAUGUGAAGUGUGUAAAAAAAGUUUUAUGCACAGAAGUACUUACACAGCCCAUGAAAAAAUACAUACUGGAGAGAAGCCAUAUAAAUGUGUUGCAUGUGAUAAAACUUUUACACAUAAGAGUACCUUCUCAGUACACAAGAAAAUGCGAUGUAAAUAUUUGGAGAAAUUAAACUACAGACAGAAUCUAUUUAAAUGUGCUAUAUGUGACAAGAGUUUUAUGUAUAGGUGUGCCCUUUCAAUACAUGAAAAAGUACACACUGGAGAGAAAUUGUAUAAAUGUGCUAUGUGUGGCAAGAGUUUUUCACAGAAGUGUAAUCUUUUAACGCAUGUGAAAAUACACAUUGGAGAGAGGCCAUAUAAAUGCAUUACAUGUUAUAAGAGUUUUACACAGAAGUCUCAACUUGUUAGACAUGAGAAUAUACACAUUUCAGAGAGGCCAAGGCCAUAUAAGUGUGAUACUUGUGGCAAAAGUUUCUCAUAUAAGAGUAUCCUGUCAGCACAUGAAAAAAUACACACUGGAGAGAAGCCAUUCAAGUGUACCUCAUGUGGCAAAGAAUUCAUAGAGAAAUGGUAUCUUUCUAAACAUGAGAAAAUACACAAUAGAGAGAAGACAUUGUGACACACAUCUGAGAAAGGGUUCACAUAGUAUAACCUUUCUUAGCAUGAAAAACAAAAACUGUUGGAAUUAGGAAUAGUGUCUGUUCCUACCACAGUUUUGCAGUCCUUAAAUAUUUGGAGAAAUUAACAGUGUAAGAACCCUUAUAAAUGGUUCACAUGUGACAGUAUUUUUAUAGAGGUAUUUUAUCUCUGAAUAAAUUAAAAAUAUGAUCCAAAUACUAAGGGGAAAAUUCACUGCAAAUAUCAAAGACAGAAAAAAUGCCCUGCCUUAGGAUUGGGUCCAUACCUCUCAACUGUACAGAUUUUCGCAGACUGUCCAGAUUUUUGCCUCAUAUUUUUGGUCC